CAGGGGAUCGCGAGGCUAGGGUUUUGUUCCCUUGCGAGAGAGUAAUGCGGAAGGUGAGAAGGAGGGAUCGGAUGAAUGCGGGAGGAGCUGGGAUCGUCACUGUGAAAUCCAGCAGCUAAGCAGGCGCAGGGCCAAAUUCCAGAGAAUGAUUAGUGUAGGCAGCGCGAAUGGAGCACCUGGGGGUGGGCAGGGCCACUCUGGAGAGAGCGCGAGCUUGGCAUGGAACUUCUCACAGGUGUUUGGGGAGCGCAUGUCCGGUGAAGAAAUCCAGGAAGUUGACAUUAUAUCCGCAAUCGAAUUCGACAAGACUGGUGAUCAUCUCGCAACUGGAGAUCGCGGAGGGCGAGUAGUCCUCUUUGACAGAAGUGAUGAUAAAGAGCUUGUCUUGCUGCAGCUAAAAAACCGCAAAGAGUUAGAAAAGGCUGACCAUUCGAUACCUAGGCAUCCGGAGUACCGCUACUCAACAGAGUUCCAAAGCCAUGAACCAGAGUUUGACUACCUCAAGAGCCUGGAGAUAGAGGAAAAGAUCAACAAAAUCAGAUGGUGUCACACGGCUAACGGCGCUCGUUUUGUUUUAUCCACUAAUGACAAGACCAUCAAGCUUUGGAAGAUCACAGAAAAGAAGGUCAAGAGAGUUACAAAGCUAAACGUGGAGACGCCUGAACCAUUGGGUCCUAAGAAGGCCUCGUUGAUACACAACGUGGCUCAAAAUUUUGAAAUUCCUCCCGGUGGGAUUCCGUCCCUUCAUUUGCCAAAGGUUUCUUGCACCGAGACAGCACCUUUUGCCAGAUGUAGAAGAGUUUAUGCAAAUGCCCAUACAUAUCAUAUAAAUUCGAUUUCCAAUAACAGUGAUUGCGAAACGUAUAUUUCUGCUGACGAUUUGAGAAUCAACUUAUGGAAUAUGGAAAUUAGUGACCUUAGUUUCAACAUUGUUGAUAUCAAGCCAGCUAACAUGGAAGAUCUUACAGAAGUUAUAACGUCUGCAGAGUUCCAUCCCUCCCACUGCAAUACUCUUGCUUAUAGCAGCUCAAAGGGAACAAUUCGUCUUAUAGAUAUGCGGCAAUCGGCUCUUUGUGACCGGCAUGCUAUAUUGUUCGAGGAACAGGAAGCUCCUGCAACAAGAUCAUUUUUUACAGAAAUUGUUGCCUCCAUCUCGGAUAUCAAGUUUUCUCGUAGUGGACGGUACAUUCUCAGCCGCGACUAUAUGACAUUAAAGCUUUGGGACGUGAACAUGAACGCCUCUCCGGUUGUGUCUUUCAAAGUUCAUGAGUAUUUGAGACCUAAGUUAUGUGACUUGUAUGAGAACGAUUCUUUAUUCGACAAAUUCGAGUGCUGUUUAAGUGGCGAUGGCCUCCGUGUAGCAACCGGAUCCUACAGUAAUUUGUUUCGUGUGUUUGGGGUGACCCCGGGUAGCGAUGAAGCGACUACUUUGGAGUGUACUAAAACGCCAAACAGGCGGCAAGCACAAACCCCGAGCAGAUUCAGCCGUUUCCCUGCCCUCUCUCGAGGGCGGCGACGAGAGAAUGGAGGCAGUGGCGCCGCUUCUGGGAGUGAGAUGAAUGGCAGCUACGAUUUCUCAUCAAAGCUGUUGCAUUUGGCGUGGCAUCCGUGUGCAAAUCUCAUCGCAUGCGCCGCCUCCAAUAGCCUGUACAUGUAUUAUGCUUAAGUAGAGUGAGAGCGAGACAAAAAGAAAGAGAAAAAAAAAACAAACAAAAAAAGGUGAGAGUAUCCAGCGAUCGAUCGAAGAGUUAUUUCUUCUUCUUUUUCUUCUUCUUCGUCUUCCUUGCAACAAUCUUCUUCGCGAAAGAGAAAAGAAAUAAGCAAAUGCAAGCAAGCAAGCCAUUCUUUGUAGACUGACUUCAAACUUUUCCAGUAAUAACCUUGUGUCAAUGGAA